CUAAAGCUCCAACUCCCUUGGGCGACUCCCACGUCACCAGCACAUAAAAGAAGCGCCCGUGCGCCGCAGACUGCACGAUCCCAGGACAGCGUCUCAGCAGCGGGACUUCAUGCGCAACAACAACAACAACAACAACAACAACGCACUAACGAACGGCUCGUGCUGACUUGUCACCUGAACACAAAUGGAUACGGAUGGGAAAUGGUUCUUGUUUACGCAGAACAACCGCGAGCGGAUCCGCGCCGUGGAGAACUCGUUCGGGCCGUCGGGGAAGCCGCUGUACGAACCGGGUCGGUUUCUGCUGGGAGAGGGUCGGCUGGUGAAGAUGACCCGCAAGGGGCCACAGCCCAGAAGGUUCUUCCUGUUCAACGACCUGCUGGUGUACGGCAGCAUCAUCGGCCGCUGGCACAAGAAGCAGAUGAUCAUCCCCCUGGAGGACAGCCAACUUGAGGACCUAGAGAACGGAUUAUCAAUAAAGAACCAGUGGCUGAUCCGUACGCCACGCAAGUCCUUCUACGUGGCAGCCGCCUCCCAGGAGGAGAAGCGGGCCUGGAUCCAGCAAAUCGAGGACUGCCGGUCCAUUCUGCUGCAGAACAGGGACUGCCGGACCAGCUCCCACUUUGCCAAAACCUGUAUCCCCGACUCUGCCUCCGCAAUCUGCAUGCGCUGCUUCGACAGGUUCUCCGUGACCCAGCGUCGACACCACUGCCGGAAAUGUGGCUUCCUGGUCUGCGCUGCAUGCUCCAAGACCCGAGCGGUAAUCCAACACAUCCACCCGACUAAGUGCUGGAGGAUCUGCAUCGGGUGUCACACAAACUCCUCGAGCAGGACGACGGAGGAGGCCCAGCGGGUGUGUCACUGGAACGAGCACCACACAGAGAGGAGAAGCUCGGAUGGAUCAAGUGAGGAGGAGGAGGCCAUGGAGCAGAUGGAGGACGGUGACCCCCCCAAGUGGUUGAACUCCCAGGUGGAGAACUGGCCCAUCUACGUCAACUUACAACCACACUGCACUACAACCGCACUCUGCACCGGGUACCACUCAAGCUCCUCGACCAGGACGACGCAGGAGGCCCAGCAGGUGUGUCACUGGAACGAGCGCCACACAGAGAGGAGAUACUCAGAUGGAGAGGAUGGAUCAAGUGAGGAGGAGGAGGCCGAGGAGCAGAUGGAGGAUGAUGACCCCAAGUGGUUGAACUCCCAGAUGGAGAACUGGCCCAUCUACGUCAACCUACAACCGCACACAUUCAGCCCUGAGCAUAAGAAGGGGGAGAAGAAGAACAGCCUGGUGUGGCCUUGUUAAUGGAUGGACAGGAUGCUUUGGACAGUGGAAGGUCAUUAUCAUAAAUAAUGUAUAAAGUUAAAAUAUAUAUAUUUAUACGGUUCUUAUGUUCAUUUUUUGAUACAUUUGGGGAUUCAUUUCCAUUAGAUGAAUCUGUGAUUUUGGUCAUGUGUUUUAAUGCUUCUA